CCGGCCCGCCUUUCUCGCCGACUUUCUCCGCCGCCGGCAGCGAGAGCAACAGCUUGCCCGGCCCGGCCGGGCCAAGUGCCGCGGGAGGCAGCCAGGGAACGGGCGGCGAACGGCAGCGCCAAGCCGCGGCCCGGAGCGCUCGCCCCCGCCGCCUUUCCGCCGGAGCUGCGCGGAGCUGCCCUCCCGCCGCCCCCCACGUCCGUCCGUCCGUCCGUCCGUCCGUCCGUCCGUCCCGGGCCGCGGAGCCACGCCGGGCGGCGCGGCGGGGGCCGGCGGCGGGGCGCCGCCGCCCGGGAGGAGAGCGCGCCCCGGGGGUCGCCCGCUCCCUCGCCGGGGCCCCCGCGAAGCUGCCGCAACCCGGCCCGCCGCGCCGGGCGCCCAAAGUGGCCCGCGCCCCCGCGCCCCGCGGGCGCCGCCCGGAGACCCUCGGCCCCCGCUGCCUCCUGCGGCCCGCCGCCGCGGGGUGCCUGGCCGCCGCCGCCGCCCGCGCCCUGCUCCGCCGCGGCCCCGGCGCCCGCCCCGGCGCCCGGGGUGAUGCCAUGCCCCGCAACCACGGCGGCGGGGAGGAGGGCGGCUCCGCGGGGCUCUGGGUGAAGAGCGGCGCGGCGGCGGGCAUGAAGGAUGUGGAGGCGGGCAGGGGCAGGACGCUGGCCAGCGCGGCCGCCCGCGGCGACGGCCUGCUGCUCCUGGGCACCGGCGGCGCGGCCGCCCCCGCCGGGCUGCGGGAGGGCCGCCGCGGGAAGCACGGCGCCCGCAUGAGCCUGCUGGGGAAGCCGCUGUCGUACAGCAACGGGCCGAGCUGCCGCAGGAACGCCAAGUACCGCCGGCUGCAGAACUACCUGUACAACGUGCUGGAGCGGCCCCGCGGCUGGGCCUUCGUCUACCACGCCUUCGUUUUUCUCCUUGUGUUUGGUUGCUUGAUUUUGUCCGUGUUUUCUACUAUUCCUGAACACACAAAACUUGCCUCUGGUUCUCUCUUCAUUUUGGAAUUUGUCAUGAUUGUUGUCUUUGGUUUGGAAUUUAUUAUUCGUAUCUGGUCUGCUGGAUGCUGUUGUCGAUACCGAGGAUGGCAAGGAAGACUGCGCUUUGCAAGAAAACCAUUCUGUGUAAUAGACAUCAUUGUUCUCAUCGCUUCAAUAGCAGUUGUUUCUGCAAAAACUCAGGGUAACAUUUUUGCAACAUCAGCACUGAGAAGUCUUCGUUUCCUACAGAUCCUUCGUAUGGUGCGCAUGGACCGAAGAGGAGGCACUUGGAAAUUAUUAGGUUCAGUAGUUUAUGCGCAUAGCAAGGAAUUAAUCACAGCCUGGUACAUAGGAUUUUUAGUACUCAUCUUUUCAUCUUUCCUGGUUUAUCUGGUGGAAAAAGAUGCAAAUAACCAAUUCUCCACAUAUGCAGAUGCGCUCUGGUGGGGCACGAUCACAUUGACAACCAUUGGCUACGGAGACAAGACCCCUCUUACUUGGCUUGGAAGGCUACUUUCUGCAGGAUUUGCUCUACUUGGCAUUUCUUUCUUUGCACUACCUGCUGGCAUCCUUGGCUCAGGAUUUGCAUUAAAAGUGCAGGAACAACAUCGUCAGAAACACUUUGAGAAAAGAAGGAAUCCAGCCGCCAGUCUAAUUCAGUGUGUAUGGCGUAGUUAUGCGGCUGAUGAGAAAUCGGUUUCCAUUGCUACCUGGAAGCCUCAUUUGAAGGCCUUGCAUACCUGCAGCCCUACAAAAAAAGAACAAGGGGAAGCUUCUGGCAGUCAAAAGCUAAGUUUUAAGGAGCGGGUCCGGAUGGCCAGCCCACGAGGUCAAAGUAUAAAGAACAGGCAGUCUUCAGUUGGAGAUCGCCGGUCACCAAGUGCCGACAUUGCCACUGAGGGCAGCCCGACCAAAGUCCAGAAGAGCUGGAGCUUCAAUGACCGAACCCGCUUCAGGCCCUCGCUGCGGCUGAAGAGCUCGCAGCCCAAACCUGUGGUCGACGCUGACACCAGUCUUGGAACAGAUGAUGUUUACGAUGAUAAAGGGUGCCAGUGUGAUGUGUCAGUAGAAGAUCUCACCCCUGCUCUUAAAACUGUCAUCAGAGCAAUCAGAAUUAUGAAAUUUCAUGUUGCAAAGAGGAAGUUUAAGGAAACACUUCGUCCAUAUGAUGUCAAAGAUGUCAUUGAACAGUAUUCAGCAGGUCAUCUAGACAUGUUAUGCAGGAUUAAGAGUCUUCAGUCACGCGUUGAUCAAAUUCUUGGGAAAGGACAAAUCACAGCAGAUAAAAGAAGUAGAGAAAAGAAUCCUGCAGAGCAUGAGACAACUGAUGACCUCAGUAUGUUAGGGCGCGUAGUCAAGGUGGAGAAACAGGUACAAUCCAUUGAGUCAAAACUGGACUGUCUAUUAGAUAUUUAUCAACAAGUUUUGCGAAAAGGAUCUGCAUCCGCGCUCACUUUGGCUUCCUUUCAAAUGCCAGCUUUUGAGUGUGAGCAGACUUCUGAUUACCAGAGCCCAUCAGACAGCAAAGAUUUGUCUAAUUCUGCACAACUUAGUGGAUGUGUAUCCAGAUCAGCUAGUGCCAACCUGCCUCAUGGCCUACAGCUUAUACUGACACCAAAUGAAUUUAGCACUCAGGCUUACUAUGCUUUUAGUCCAGCUAUGCAUAGUCAAGCAACGCAAGUGCCAAACGACGGACCUGCAACAGUUAAUAAUACAUCCAACCAAAUAAACCAGGCAACUAAGCCAGCAACUCCAACAACAUUACAAAUACCACCUUUCUCCUCAAUGAAGCAUAUCAAUAGGCCUGAGCCCGUUCAUAUUAUUCCUGUAACCACACAGGAAAAUAUUUCCGAUGUCACCGCUUGCCUUGUUGCAUCAAAGGAUAAUGGACAAGUUGCACAGCCCAAUGCGACAAAGGAUCUCACAUGGAGAAAAAGUCUGGAUACAGAGGGGGAACCUUUGCUCUCAGUUAAACCUGUGGUGCAAAUGGAUUUAGGAAAAUCUUUAUCUGUACAAAACCUUAUACAAUCAACAGAAGAACUGAAUGUACAGAUUGCUGGCAGUGACUACAGUGGUUCCAGAGGUAGCCAAGAUGUAUACUCCAAAUGGAGGGAGUCAAAAUUAUUUAUAACUGAUGAAGAGUUGGAGUCAGAGGGAGGAACAGAGACUACUGAAGCCAUCUCGCGCCCCUUAGUGGAAACAACUCUCUCUGCUGACUCUUUAAGGACUGGAAUAUCAAGAUCAUCUCAAAGCAUUUGCAAGCCAGGGGACGGUACAGAAGCACUCAAUCUGCUCCAUGUCAAACUUAAAUAACAGCUUGUGGGCUUUCUUCAUUGGUUGGGUCAUUCCUCUAGUCAUACAUAUCAUAGCAUGAACUGUUUUGAAAGCCUUUUUAAUAAGAUAAAAUCACAAAAAUCAGGAUGAAUCUGAGAAGCAGUUGAAUGAGCCCAUAUCUUCUAGUUGCAUGAAAAUGCAUGUUUAAGUGAUGGCUAACAUUCAAAUUUACACCUACAGUACAGCAGCCUUUAUGUAGUACAGUAGGUUUAAAUGAUGAGCUUCCUGCAAAGCUAAUGCUGCAGGAUGUAUCAAAAAGCAAAAAUUUGAGCAUUUAGACCUAGUGCCGUUUCUACAGGGCAGAAGUGAAAAUUGUAAGGUUUAAAGCACUUUGCUUCUGAACUAAUUAAAGAUAUAUAUAUAUAAUGUCCUGAUUUAGAUGAUAGUUUAUGUUUACAACAAAAAAAUUAUCUACAGCUGCUAGCAAGGUACCAAGGAAACCAGUAAUAUGGGAUUAGAAAUGGCUGCCAGUUGCAAGAUACACACAUUAGCGCAUCAGUAAUCAGAUAUUUUUAACUCUGAAGAACAGUACAUUAACAUCCAUCUGAUUUUUGGUGAUUUAGUGCUGUGGCUAAAGUACCUGACACACCACUAUCACAUUGUUCUUUAUAAUGAGAACAUUAUUUUGCCACAAAAAGUUUGUAUUUUAAGAGUUGGGGCUGGCCUCAGAAGUGGAUAACCUGGGUGACUGCACUAAAAAUUCAGGGGAAUGUCCCCUUUUUACAGUCUCAUUGAGGAGCUAUCUUGUGAAUCUGAAACAUUUUGGCAGCAGUAGGUGGGGGAAGGAAGCAAGCGCUGCCUUUAUUGCAGAAGCAGUAUUUCCUUCUGUGGAAAUUUUGGCAAUUUUCCUCACAGUUCCAACCUGAUACCAUGACAGCACUUCAAAAGGCUGGGAAAGGACGGAAAAUGAGGAACCGAAAUACAGAAUAAAACUAAAGAGGAUAGAACAGGGAAGAGAGAAAGACAACACAAUCAAUGAAGAAAAAAAAAAUACGGAUUUAGAUGGGCAGGAAGGGAUAUGAUCCCAGAGAAUAAAAGAAGGAAGGUAAAGAGGCAAAAAGAUUGUUUUUUUAAUCCAGCCUGUCAGUCACAGAUACUGAGUGCUAUUUCCAAAAAAAAAAAAAAAAGCCACGUAGGCAAUCAGAAAUGGAAAUAGAAUUAGGGAAGACCACCUUACUGAAAAAAAAAACUGAAGGCAAGAGGGGUUUUGUUUGUUUGGUUUGGUUUGUUUGCUUUUUAAAUAAAAGGGGAGGAGGAGAGAGGGGGAAGUGGUCACACUCUCAUAGCUCAACACUGUGUCCCAACUGCAGUCAUUUCUUGUGAACUUUCCAAGAAAAGACAUUCAGAUUCCUUCCUCCUAAUACUCGAGUUUUCAAAUUCAAAGCCUACAUCAGACCGAGCAUUCCUGCUUGAUACAUCCUCUUUCUUUCUUAUCCUAACCUACAUGUCACUUCUGCUGAGACGCAGGAGCAGUGUUAGUGCCUAUCUGCACAUCCCCAGCAAGGCUUCGCCACUGGAGGAACCCUUGUGGAGCCUAAACAGGCCUUCGCUAUUCCCAGCUGAACAAGGUUUCUGUGCGUUGCCUCCCCCAGAUUUAUACCCCACCUGCACCACAGGCUUGUAGACAACCUGACUUGGGCUCAGCCACCCUCUAGCAGCAGGAACACCGAAUGUAUGGGGGUGCCAGUGCCAGCUCACUCAGGGCAGUGUUUUCUCAAGGCCCAGACCUGCUGGGAACUUACUAUGUACAUCAAAAACGUCACUCCAGUCUUAACCAUGGCUAAACGCUGUAGAUUGUAUUGUGAAGGACUCGAUCUGUUUACUAUGAAACCAUUGUAAUUUCCGCUUCCAUAUUUCCUUUACAGAAGUAUUCCUGGGUGUUACAUGAUAACUUUAUUAUGUGAAAGUACAUGCAAACUGUAGAGUGUAUAUAUUGUGUCAUUAUAUGGGGUCCACGGAUGGUACACUGUGUUCCAUGGCUUAUGCCGGAGCAAACUUCAGCUGUUAAAUCCUGAAAGACACCUUGAAGCACAAUUUCCUCACCACUGAUUUGCCAUAUAACUUACCACAUUCAGUCUUUCCUGUUUUCUUUUAUGUGCAGUCUGAUCGUACUAAAGCCUGAUUACAACAGCAAUUUUGUGAGGAUAAAUAAGGUUUUUUUCCAUGUCUCAGUUCAUUUAACUAUUAACUUAUUUGAAUGUCUGCAGUUUAUCCAGACAGACCUGUAAGUUUAAAGUCCUAUAUAAGUUUUUUUCAGGCUUUUAUAUCUUUCUUUUCUAACAGUUUAUGGCACCCUUCUUGCUUUUCAAGCCUCCUGCUGGCCUAAGCAUAAGCCUGCGCUUAGGUUCAAUUAAAGAGCAAGAGAUAGGGCUCAUGGCAACUGUGUGUCGGUAAUGAAACUCCCUUCCCCUCCUUGAUGACAUUGAAAAAUCAAGGCAUCAUGAAUUGGACUUCACUCUUCCACCUUCAUCUGCAUGAGCAGAUGGUCGCGUCCCCAUUGAGCCUGGAGGGCGUCAGUGGGAGAACUGAGCAUUGGCCUGCCCUGCCUGUACAGAUUCCGUACAGGAAGAGGGCCUUGGGUUUUGCUGAUAAUUUCUCUCUCGGAAACUUGGUAUUUUUGCCUUAAAUGACAUGCUUGAGUCCUUCUAAUUUUAAGUUAAUUUAUUUAAUACAAUUUUGUGCACAAAAGAAUGAGUUCUAUAAAUUAUGUAUGAAAAUGUUAAUGUCUUUACAAAGUACUAAUAAAUCCAGAAGAUAGUAUCUUUUCAAAUUAUGGUUUAAAAUCCAAAUUUUUUUCUUUUAUGCUCACCAUUAUUAUUUUUGUAGCUGCAAGUCUUAUCAUAUAGGAAUUUUUUAACAUAAUAUUGAUAGAAAAUAGAAAAAGUAGUGAAUAUAUGAAAUUCUGGAAAGGAAGAGUUGUUUGUUUGGAUUUUUAUAAGCUUUGCUCAUAUUUCCUCAUGAGGAGUUUCCUGUUCUUAUGCUCUCUCUUUAAAAGACAGUCUCAUGACUGACAGUCUUUCAUGGGUUUCACAAAAGAAGGAGCUGUCUGGCUUUUCAACUCCUGUCCUUGAGCUGCUUAUUAAAGUCCAGCUCAUGACAGCUAAUAAAUAUUGCUCAUGAGUAGGGACAAAGGACAUUUUUUUUUUCUGAUUUACAAUCCACUUGGGGAUUGUUAAAGAGAGAAUUUGAGCUUAAGUAAGAGCAUCAGGAAUUAAACCUUAUGCAAAUAUCUGUUUUCUGAUCAGCAUGUUUGUUGUACCUGAUUGAAGAGAGAACUGAAAAGAAUAGUUUUGAUUAUUAUUAUUUGUUUAAAAAUUUGUAUUUGCUCCUGGCUUAUAUGAUCUAUACUUUUUAUUUAAAUAUGAAUAUAGUGUUUUAGCCUAGGGUUCAAAAUUGCAAAGAUCAUACACUUUUAUUCACAGUGCCCACGGUUGUUCCGUAUGUUUUUGAGAUAAUCCUACUUAGAGUGACUGCUCUCAUUAUAGUAUGGUGAUGAGUAAUUCACCUGCUCUUCUGUGAUACGUCAAAUCAUACUGAAUUGCUGAUGUAUAGUAGAACAUCUGAUGUACAGUAGUAUUUCUGGAUUGGGACCUGCAAUCCUUACUCAAGCAAAAAUUCUACGCAAUUCAUUCACUCUAUGGAAUUCAAGAAUUUUUCUUGAAUAGGGAGCUCAGAUUCAAAUCCUUAUUUUGUUGGGCAUCUGUUUAAAGUGAAAAUGGUAAUAUUCCAGUUAUUUCCUGAGGAAACUAAUACUUAGCUGAACUUACCCAUGUCACAUUGACUAUACAAAAAAUAACGCACAAAGUAUUGAUGUAAAAAGGGAAGAAGAGAAGGGACAUUUUUAAAAAGCACAGAGAAAAGGAGAAUAAUCGGAAAAGAGGAGUAAGCAGGAAAAGAAAAUAUAACAGCAAAGGAACGAAAAAGGGUUUAAACACCUGAGGCUAAAUUCAUCCUUGGAUGGCUUCACUGACUUCAAUGAAUUUACUGCCCAACUGGGUGAAGUUCAAGCCUUCACUGGGAUAAUCAGGCUCAGUUCCACUGAUCUUAAAGGAACUGCACCCACCUAUACCAGGAAUGAACUUGCCUCUCUGGGCCAACUUUUAUCCUGACUCAUAUGUCAUGCAAUCCUUUUGGAUUCAUUAGGUUUGAAUGAAAUACAGGUCAGAAAAGAAUUUGCCCCAGAUAUUUCUGCUUCAUAUUUUUUUUCCAAGUGUGUUAAUCGACUUAAUUCAAAUGGAUUACAACAUCACACAAAGUGCUGUCACUGUCUAAAAAGGUUAAUUGGUUUUUGAAAUAAGAAUUGUCCCCUGCAGCGUCAGUGGAAGCAUGUAAUAUUUUGCUGUUCAUUCAUCUGGAUGCAGAUGUGGCCAUUCAUUCAGCUGAAUCAGUACACAUAGGACAAUUCCAGACAUAUCCAAUACCAUCAGCCAUUGGAAGCAUUUUUUACUUCUUUGGAAGAUAAAAAGUCAGCUUCAUAACAGGCUUAGAAAGCAUGAAGGCUUCUUCCACUGACACUGCAGCGACAUUAGCCAGUACAUUACAAUGUUAAUUGUAACUUCUUGACAAAGUUGAAUCCAUAUUGUUGUUAAUAAAAAUUAUUUGAAAAGUA